GUCUUUGAUACCACGUGACCCGCAGGACAGGUUCCUGUUGGCUGCGAACAGAAAGCAACGUUCAACAACGGCGCGGAGGGUCACGUGACAUCUGCUGCUGCUGCUGCUGGCUGGGCGAAGCGUGUUAGCAGAUUUUUUCUAUUUUGUACAUACAUUGUUUUGUAUAUACUGUAUAUGAUGACUUCUGUGGUCAGCAAUCAAGCCCGGGGGACUCGGGACAGAACGCUGCCCACUGCCACACAGACAACACAGCCACAGAAACAGAUACAGGCAACAGCAGAACAGAUUCGUUUGGCCCAAAUGAUCUACGACAAAAAUGAUGCCGUCUUUGAGGGCAAAGUCAAACAGCUGAUCGAGGUCACCGGCAAGACUCAAGAUGAGUGCAUGGUUGCCCUCCACGACUGCAAUGAGGAUGUAAACAGAGCCAUCAACUUCCUGCUGGAGAGCACCUCGGACACAGUGAACUCCUGGGAGACCGUUGGGAAGAAGCGCAGUCUCGGCAAAGAAGGAGGCCCCUCGGAGGUAAAGGACAGCCGAGAGAAGAAGGGAGGAGAAAGGGAGGCCAGUCGAGGGCGAGGGGGGUCAAACAGGCGGGGGGGCCGUGGUGUCAGCCGAGGCCGUGAAGGUCGUGUUGAAGAGAACGGUUUUGAUGUUGCGCCUGGAGAAAGGGGAGGAGACCGUGGGCGCAGGGGGCGUGGCAGAGGGGCAGGUGGUAGAGGCAGAGGAAGAGCAGCUAUGGGCAACAGGUUCUCCCAGGGAAUGGGCACCUUUAACCCUGCCGAGUACGGCGCCAACGCUGCUGGUCGCCACGAAACUUGGGAAGGCGACGCUAACGAGCCUGCUGAGGCAACUGCAACAUGGGGAGGCAACCCAGAAGACUGGAAUUCAGAAGAAUGGAAUGAAGACUUGUCAGAGACCAAAGUAUUCACUUCCUCUUCCACUCCAGGAAACCACAACCGACCUGGACACAAUGUGGACCUGGCCAGUCUCCUGCCAAAGUCUGGGGGGGGUUCUGUUGAGUCAGACCUAAUUGAUGGGCCUGAGGAUUUGGGCCAAAGCCUAGUUUUUACCAACUCCCACCACAAUGGCCGCACAGCAACACACAGCUACGCCCAUGCUACAGCCAACAGUUACGCCCACGCCGCCUCCGCGAGCACCACCUACGCGCAUGCUGCCCUGUCCUCGGUCCUGGGCUCUGGUUUUGGAGCUCUGAGCGCACCAAAGCCGACGCCCGCAUCGGACGCAAGGACAGCAGAGCAGCUCAAUGGGCCUCGACUCGGUCAGAGAGCGAGUCAGACUUCGGCCACCCCCACCAGCAACGGUAGCGUUUCCAAAGAUGCAGUGCCGCCUGCGGUACCAAGUCCAGCUCCUGCCUCCAUGCCCCCGGUGGAAAUCAAACCUCAGAGACUGGACGACAGACCUGUUGCUGGCCUACAGAUAGAGAUGAAGCUUCAACCAGAACCAUCAGCGGUGCUCAGCCAGCUAGUGCAGAGGCAUCAACAAUCAUCCAUUCUUCCCUCCACGGAGCCUCUGGUUCUGUCUCAUUCACAUGCUCCUCAAGUGCCCACACCACCAGGUCAUGAGUCCUCAGUCCUCCCUGUAAGAGAUGGGGCCUCUCCAGGAAUGAAGCCGCCUGGAGUGGAUUCGCCCAUCACAGAGCCUCCCAUUCGACAGCUCAAGACACAGAAGCGCAGAGUGCCACCACCCUCGAAGAUCCCUUCUUCAGCGGUAGAGAUGCCGGGCUCAGCCGACAUUUCGGGCCUUAAUGUUCAGUUUGGAGCUCUGGAUUUUGGUUCCGAGACUAGCACCGGGACAGUGGAUGUGGCCCAGAAGGAGUUAUCCAGAGAAAAGGUUUCAGCACCUACGGUGGCCCUGACUGCCCCCACACAGCAGCCACAGGGCAGCCUGUUUUCCAAGCCUCCAGGAUCUGUAAGCGAACACAUGAGCACCCAGCCCCCUCUUCCUUCUGCUGUGGCGGAGUCCAGCUUCCCCUCACCAUCCUUGGGCUUACCCAGUGCCACGCCCUCUCCCUCCCUGGGUCUCCCUGGGUCGGCCGCACCGCCCUCCACCGCAGCUACGACACCUAGCAAGCGUGUAGAGAGCGGCGGACCCCGAUCCCUGCCGCCACACCUGGCCUUCUCUCAGAACAAAGACAACCCUGUAUCUGCUGCUGCACCUCUCACCAAUGGUUACUGUGGUAUAAACACGCAGAGUCCACAGGAUGCUACACAAUCGGCAAGAACUGUGAAAACAGAAUCUCCAAUAAUAUCGGGGGACAGCGGCCCCGCCAAUCACGCACCUCCUCCUGCAACCAUUACCUCCCACUCAGCGCCCAUUCCCUCACUCAACAGCCAUGUGAGCAUUUCUCACUCAUCUGGACCGACCCACACUACAAGCUCCUCUCUCCAGGCAAGCAACGAGGAGAGCGCCAGCAAUCUCCACGCCUUUUCCACGUCGUCCAGCCAGCCCCUCAACGCCACCAAUCCCGCCUCAGUUCUCAUGACUGUCAGCAGUACAAGCGGCAAUGUCCUGCACCCGUCGGGAGCGCCGGGCCUGGCUCCUAACGGCACAAACGGCAUGCUAUCAGCUGCCAACAGCCGCACCGCGCCCCUGCUCACCACCACUUCCGGAAAAGCUCCUCCUAACUUAGCCCAAGGUGUGCCCCCUGUCCUGGCUAGUCAGUACAUCAUGGGCCCCGGUGGCUUGUUCCAUGCUUACCCGCAGCAGAUCUACGGCUUCGAGGACUUGCAGAUGCUGCAAUCUCGCCUCCCUAUGGACUACUAUGGUGUAACAUUCCCUGGUACUGCAGCUGCCAUGCCUGGAAGAGACGGGCUUGCCAAUAAUCCUUACACAGGUGAGGCCACAAAGUUUGGCAGGAACGACUCUUCGUCUCCGGCCCCACCAACCAGCUUGUCCACAGCUGGCGUACAGUCUCAGGCCCUACAGGCGCCCCAGGCUGGUACGCAGGGCCAGGGUCAAGGUCAGAACCAAGGCCAACAGGCUCAGAACCAGGCUUUCCUCAACCCCCCGCUGCCCCCUGGCUGUGGAUACACCGGUCUCCCGUACUACACCGGCAUGCCCGGAGUUCCCUCGGCCUUCCAGUACGGCCCCACCGUCUUUGUGCCUCCUACUUCAGCCAAGCAACCCGCGAUGGGCCUGGCGAAUCCUUCCAAUCAAUACCACCAACAUCAGCCCAGUUAUGGACAGCAUGCGUAUGGCGCAGCCUUUGACGACCUGUCUCAAGCCCACGGUGGGGAGUACAGUAAGGGAGGGUACGGAGGCUCUGCCCAGUCUCAAGCCAAGACGGCGGGCAGCGGCCCAGGGAAAGCACCAGGGCUGUCUGGAUCCGGCAACAGUGGAGGAGUCCCUGACAUGAACGCAUCAAUCUACAGCAAAACACAGUCAUUUGACAAACAGGGGUUCCACACGGGGACGCCGCCUCCCUUCAGCCUGCCCUCAGCUCUAGGGGGAACAGGGGCCAUGAACCCCGGGGGCCCCCCAGGUUACGGUCCUGGUCCCUUCCUGCACAUACUGCCUCCUCAUCAGCAGCCCCACUCGCAGCUGUUGCAUCACCACCUUACACAGGACAGUCAGGGUGGUCCUGGUCAGCGCAGUCAGUCCAGCAACAUGCAGCAGAAAAGCCAAGGCAGCAAGUCCAGUUACGGCAGCUCCCCCUACUGGGGCAACUGAGGAUUGCUUCCCAAACAUGGCCUCCUUCCCCACCUCUUCCUCCUUCCUUUUUGUUUAACAGCUGUGUUUGUGCGAGUGCGUGUGUGUGUGCGCACUGAAAGGGAAAACACAAACAAGGUAAAGCCACACGCUACUCCCUCAAUCAGCAACUUCUGCUGGCCCCCCCUAACCACACCCCCACCUUCACAAGUCCUCAUAAGUCUUUUGGGGUUCUCUUCCUUCCCCCUCCUCCAAAUUGGUUGUACAUGUAAGAUAUUUAUGUAUGUAUUUAUAUAAAUAUAUAUAUACUGUAUAUGUAAUAGUAGAACAUGACAUGUGGUGGCUGCAUUUUAUUUUUUCGAAGGACUUUUUCUUGCCUUUUUUUUUUUUGUUUCAACACAAGCAGGAAGAGAUGUUACAUAUAUUAAAAAAAAACUAUUAUCCGACCAUGGAACAGGAGAGAACAACAGCACUGAUGUUUCUACAUGAGGACUUCACAGGUGGGGGUGGGCUUCAUGACGACUUAACUGCAUUUCUCUUCAUUUUCAGUCUUUUUUUUUUUUUUUUAUACAUAAGAACUCCUCCCUCGGCUCCUUCCCUAUCUUCAUUGUGUACCUCCAUUUUUUUUUCAUCCCUUUUGCCCAUCCAAAUUUUAUAUUUUAAUUUAAUUUUAAUCCUCAUAGACCUCCAAAUAAAGGUUCUGAGCAGUUGGAAGUUUAA